UUAAAGCGCCCGCCGCCUCCCGCUUCCCCCCCCAGAGCCCACCGCCGCGUUCACACGUGCCGGAGAGACGCGCGGCGCCCGGACCCGAGUCGACGCGGAUUUUGUGAUGAGGACCGAACUGGAAACCCUCGCGCCAAGCAUCCACGGGCACUGAAACCACCGUAAAUCCCCCCUUUGUUGCCUGGAUUCGCUAGGACUUUUCCAGAAGAUGCCCCGACAAAAUGGGGCGGUUCCGUCCGUGCUGGAGAGCCUCCUGGAACAGCUGGAGUUGCAUCUGGCUUGCUCCAAGUGCAGCCUGCAGGUGAACGAGAGCACGUAUCAGCUGACGGAGGUGGAACACAAAUGCGUGAUGGAAAUCCUGCUCGCCAGGCCGAAGGGCAGCGGGAGGAAAAGAUGGCGGAAGGUUGGCAGGAGGCCGGGUUUUCCCAACCCAGCCAGGUACGCAGUUUGUCGCUAUUACGUGGCAGGCUCCGGCUGCCCACGGCAUCGGAACUUCUGCAGCUUUGCCUGGUGCCCAGAAGAGGUGAUUGUGUGGACGUUUGAGAGGCAGACCGGCAUGGAGAGGCACGUCCUUAAAAACUUUGUGCGGCACGCUCAAACCGGCGGCCUCGCGAACGGCCUUUCCGUGCCUGUGCGCGACAGCGUCUCGGAAGAGAUCCGGAGCGAGUUUGGCGGCGCUUUCCGGGAGAUUUGCAAGCUGUGCUUCCAUCAGAGUCCCUCAACGAUCUCCCCGAAGGGCUCGAAUCGGACGUGUGCCACGCACUGGGAAGGUCUUCUGGUCCACGUGGUCACCAGCGGCAAGAUGAAGGAGCAGUACACGGAAAUCCGACCCUGUCCGUCAAAUGAGAAGAACCUGAGCUAUUGCGCUUAUGUCUCUGGUGGGAAACCGUGCAAGCACGGGGCGAAUCGGUGCAGCUACGCUCACAGUGACGUGGAAAUGGCCGUGUGGGAGGCAGAGCAGAGCCAUGGUUUGGUGCGCUCAGAUCUCCUGCCACCUUCAGUGGAUGGCAAGCCGGAAGGGCCACCACCCGCGCAGCCUGAAGUCCAGCUCUACUGCAGAGUAUGUCUGGUUACUUGCAGCUCCCAGGAUAGCUUUGAGAACCACUGCUCGUCGGUGGAGCACGUGCAGAUGAUCACCACAGACGCCUUGGUCCAAUGGAAGCACCGGGCCCCUCCGUAUGGCCUGAGGAGCUUUGCUUUGUGUAAACGAGCUGAAAUUUGUGAAUAUGGGCAGGACUGCACAAAGGCGCAUUCCCCGGAGGAGCUCGAAGAGUGGAUCCAGAGGGCGAAAGCGGCAGAGGAGAAGAAGAACUCCGCCAAAGAGGGUGGCCUCCUCUCUUACCAGGACCGGCUUCUAGCGGAAUACCAGCAAAGCCACAACGAGGUCUUAAUUAUUUCGGAACAGGUCGACGGUGUGACCGUUACCUGCCAGCAGCCCCUGCAAGUGCAGUCAGAGGAGAAGAAGAUACAAUAUCAGUGGGUUUUCCGGGUUCAUUCCCAGAAGCCCCUAAAGCAUGUGGCUUUAUUGAAGAGGACUCCUGGAGCUACCUUCUUCCUGGUUGGGGACGGGCUCCCUCCGGGCCUCACCUACUCCUCCGGAGAGAGAUACAAACCUCUGCCCACCUCCCCUCCCGUUUCUGUGAUACGAGUAUGUGUUUCGUGCUGCACUUUCGGAGUCUACGAACAGUGGCUGGUGUUCGACUUCGGCAGCCGUCCGGUUUUGGUGCAAAAGCUCCAGGCUAAGAUUGGUAAGAAGGAAGCUCACUGGCGCGUGGAUCCGGCGGCAGAGCACAACAGCCAGUUUGUGAACUUUGAACGAUGGCACAGCGGCAACCGGGUGGUGGUGCCCGGCGUGCCGCGCACUGGUAAGGAGAUGGAGCUGCUGGCCAAAUAUAAGAUCCCAUCGCUGUCCCUGGAUUUCCAGCACGGUGCCGAGUGCAAGCCAAUCACCCUCGUCAACUAUCGCGAGCAAAUGCACAACUUCCUGUUCAGAGAGGAAGAGGCGGAGCAAGCUCUUAUCACAAAGCUUAGCUUGCAAGUGGCCGCCUCCCUUCAUCAGAUGUUUGAAACACCUUUUAUGGGGAUGAAGAUUGCCCCUCCAGGUGAGCUGUAUGCCAACGUCCCCACGCCUUGCUCGGUGACCUGUGACUCCAAGGAGGGAUACCUGCUUCACCGUUCUGUCCAAACUGCCUUCCUGGCGCUGGAUCCCCCCGUCAACAACCGCAUCUACGAGGUCAGCUUGGACACCAAAAGCAUCACCGAGACGGGCAUCUGGCUCCUCCUCCCCAAGCGUUGCUGCUUUGAGCUGGGCCUCAAAAGCGGGACCGCCGUCAGGGUCGAAGUUCAGUUCCGUAUUGACCAGCUGCAGUUUCGGCAGUGGCACAACGCCGCCGAUCAGCUCUUGGAUGCGCGGCUCGUCCUUCCAGAUGUGGCGGCCUGCUCCAUCCCACGACCUCCUGAGCAGGUGCAGCUGCAGAGGGCUAACAGGAAGCAGUCUCAGGCCCUCUCCUUCAUCACGGGGCAGGCAUCUGGGGUCCGGCAAGUGCCCCCGCUCCUGAUUUAUGGGCCUUUCGGGACUGGGAAGACCUUCACGUUGGCCAUGGCCACCCUGGAGAUCAUCAAGCAGCCCCAGGCGCGAGUCUUGAUCUGUACCCACACCAACAGUGCGGCGGAUAUCUACACUCGGGAAUACUUCCACGACUACGUGGCAUCCGGGCACCCCGGGGCUACCCCCCUCAGGAUCAAAUACGUUGACAGGUCGAUCAAAACGACCGACCCCAUCACGCUGCGGUAUUGCUGCCUCUCCGCCAACCAGGAUUCCUUUCGCCUCCCGACCAGGGAAGAGUUGGAUCGGCACCAGAUCAUCAUAACGACCGCCAUGCUCUCCCCGGAGCUCGGGGUGUCCGCCGGCUAUUUCAGCCACAUCUUGAUCGAUGAGGCGGCUCAGAUGCUGGAAUGCGAAGCUCUGGUCCCCCUCUCCCUCGCGACGCUGCAGACCCGCAUCGUCCUGGCGGGGGACCACAUGCAGAUGACCCCGCAGCUCUUCUGCCUGCGAGGGGGCGAGCAGAUGGCCGACCACACGCUGCUGAACCGCCUCUUCCAGUACUACCAGAAGGAGAAGCAGGAAGUGGCCAAGAAGAGCAGGAUCAUCUUCAACGAGAACUACCGCUCCACCGCCAGCAUCAUCAACUUUGUCUCCAGACACUUCUACGUCGGCAAGGAAGACGCCAUCCAAGCCAUGGGCAACAUCCCCCCUCACCCGGAGUUCCACCCGCUCAUGUUCUGCCACGUGGCUGGCUCCGCUGAGCGGGACGCCUCGAAGACGUCUUGGAUCAAUACUUCGGAGGUCGUGCAGGUGGUCGAGAAAGUGCAAGAGAUGAGCGAGAAGUGGCCGGACGAAUGGGGGGAGCGGAACCUCAGAAGGAUCUGCGUGGUCUCCUGUGGGAGCCAGGUGGCGGUAAUCCGGCAGGAGCUGAGGAAGAAAUGGUUGAAUGACGUGAUGGUGGAAAGUUAUGAGAAUCUGCCAGGCAAGGAAUUCCGCCUAAUCAUCCUGAGCACCGUCCACACCACAGAGAGCCUCAGCAGCAUCAAGUCACCCAACCUGGACUUCUUCAACAACGUACGGGUGCUGAACACCAUCAUGACGAGGGCUCAGUCACAGGUCAUAGCUGUGGGCGAUGCAACGGCCUUGUGCUCUUACGGCCAAUGCAGCAAGGUCUGGAGGGGCUUCUUCAAGGAGUGCGUGGAGAAGGGGACAGUGACUCCCAAGACCCUUACCCUGGAGGAAUUACGGCAGGCAGCAUUUGACCAGGUUACCUGGAACAGGGCUAGCCCCGAGUUCGAGGGAACGGAAGACGACGGGAGUGACAGCACCUCCUGGUGUUCAAGCUCAGACUGCUUGAACAUGGAUGAUCCCAUCUUGCAGGAACUCUUGGAUGAGACCACAGACGCGGCCGUGACGGUCUCCGAAGAAGGGCUGUUGAACGUGAAAUCGGAGGCGUCGGUGACACGAGGCGACCGCCGGGAAUACGUCAGCUUCCCUCCCGAAAUCAUGCACCACUAUCUCCGCAUGCAGCCAAGUUUGUACAAGCGCUGCGAGCUCAUCAAGGAGGGAUUUGAUCGCGCAUCGGCCUUUACUUUAGACGGCGCCCCUGCCUUGAACAUCCAGAUCAAGGGCAGGGUUAACUGCGGAAUAGCUUUCACAGGGGACCAGGUCUUGGUGGAGAUCCUGCCGAACAGUGCGGCAGCGUCCGCGCCCGAGGCCAGUUUGCACGGGAAGGUGGUCGGGGUGCUGAAGAAGGCCGAGAGGGAACGCACCUUUGUGUGCAUGAUGGAUGAGUUCGACUCCCGCGUCAUGGUUCCCAUUGACCACACAGUCACAAAAAUCUUUGUCCCAGGGCUGAGGGACUCACCCGAUGUCCUCCCGAUCCGCAAAAUGGAUGCCGGGGGGAAGGUCAGCCUGCUGAAACGCCAGAAGAUAUCACAGGAACUCAAGAAGAAAAGUCUUUUCGUGGUCCAAGUCAUCAAUUGGCGGGAGGGCUAUUACUACCCUCUGGGGAUUGUUACGGAAGUGCUGCCUAUGGCGUCGACUCUAGCGGAAGGCCUGCGGAUCCUCGGCAUCGAGUACUGCCUCAAAAACCAAUACUCCGCCGCUGUGAAUAAGGAGGUGGCCAAAGUCACCUCUGAGAAGGUGGCGUCUGUGAAAAGUAGCCGUAAGGACUGUCGGAAUUUCCUUACCUUCACUGUUGAUCCCUCAGGUGCUAGAGACCUGGAUGAUGCCAUCAGUGUCCGAGACUUAGGCGAGAAAUACGAGAUCGGCGUCCAUAUUGCUGACGUGGCAUCAGUCGUUCCCAAAGGUUGUGCUCUGGACACCGAAGCCAAGAACAGGGGGGCCACUUUUUAUGCUCCUGGGAAGGAACCCGUGUGCAUGUUACCAUCUGAACUAAGUCAAGACUUCUGCAGUCUCCUUCCGCAGAAAGAUCGGCAUGUGAUCUCUCUCUUUAUCGUAGUGAACAAGGCGUCGGACGAGGUGGCGGAAGUUCUCUUUCAGCUGUCCACCAUCCGCUCGGACCGGCAGCUGACCUACGAGGAGGCAGAGGAUAUCAUCCACCACUGUUACAGAGCAGAAGCACCAACACUUUGCUUCAACACCGUGGAGCACUGUGUUGCGGUUGCAUACCACUUCUCCCAAGCUCAUCGGUUCUCAAGGCUCCACGACGACUGUUAUUAUCAUCAACUUGACGAGGAUAGCUCUCUGGGCCAAAGAUGUUCUCACCAGAUGGUGGAGGAAUUCAUGAUCAUGUUCAACAGCUUUGUGGGAGAGUUCCUCACCACUAGGGAUCUCACCAGGAACGUAACCCCUGUUCGGUGCCAGAGCGAGCCCCUCCCAGGACAGAUCAGUCAGAUGAGCAACAAGUACCGAGAGCUAAUCCCGCUCUCCAUCCACCUCUCGCACCAUCUGAGACCUCAGACCCCUGGAGACUAUGUGGGGACUGAUGGCGAGUUUCUUCUCCUGACUCCAUUGUGGGCUCACCUCAGGUCAGCUGCGACUGUUGGUGAUUUCCACAGGAUGCUUGACUUUAUUACAACCGAUGACAUCCACCCUAAACUGGUACCCGUGAACCUGGAAUUCCGAAAGCUUAUGAGCCGUUCCUAUUUCAUAUGUUCCAACUCGUCUGCCCAGUCCAGAGUGGGCCACUAUUCCCUGCACGUGGACACUUACACGUGGGCUUCCUCUCCCAUCCGGCGCUACAUGGACAUUGUGGUUCAGAGGAACCUUCUUUCUGUGCUCUUGAAGGGUCCAGUCUGGUACUCCCCCACAGACAUUGAGCUCAUUUGCCACGAUUUCAACCGGAAGAACGGAAUGGCGGCAGCUUACGAGAAGAAGGCCCACAAUCUGGAGAUGGCUGCUCAGUUGAAGCGGCAGGUCCAGCAGAAGUUUGCUUUCGUGAUGAGUGUCGAGGAGAUGGCCAAGAACUUCAAGGUCUUGUUUCCCCUGAACAAGGACACCCUCCCAGACCUUCAUCUCAUCAACUACAGGGCUCUACAGCUGGUAGAGCAGCCGGUUUUUAUCAAAGAGCAAGACAGCAUGAGGUUGACGUGGAAGAGGAGAAUCUACUCCACCGUCACCAACCAGAACUGCACCCCCAAAUCGUCCAGGAUUCAGGACAGCAUCGUCACCCUCUUCGCUAUCCAGGUUUGGCGUGACAUCCUAGAGGCUGUCAGAAGCAAAGAUUACGAGAUGGUCCCCGCUCUUCUCAAGGAAGGCCACAGCAAACAGUCGAGAAUCGUGGGGAGGGCGCAGAGAAGCAGGUGCUCACAUUACGUGGAACUGUCCCGGGAGCUCAGUGCCGGGGACGUCUUGCAACUUCAGCUCACGACGGGCGUCCAGAGGGGUUUCUUGGUGCCGUGCGUGCAGCUGUGGACUGCGGCUCCAGGCUUCGACGUGUGCCUGGAGCAUGCCGAGAAACCCGUCGACUGCUUCUCCAAGUGUGCCUCGGAGGCUUCCAAGGAGAACUACAAGGAUGUCAAGGAGUAUCGCAGAGUGUGGCUGCCGCUCUGCGACAUGGAAUCCGCUUCGUGCGCCGUGUUUGAAAACGAGCCCAUCGUCCUGUACGACGUCUGCAUCGUCUGGGAGAAGCAGAGAACGAGGGAAGGCCAACUCCAGGGGACCUUUUCCUUGCCCGUAGAGUUCCUCAAGAAGUGUGAUAUCAAAGUAGAUUUCAACAACUGCUUCCUCUGCAUCCGCCUAGGAGGCCUGAAGCUCAGCAGCGAGCAGGACAACGUGGACUCGCUUAGCCACGGUCUCCAGAAUCUCGGUUUGACCAAGAAGACUGCCAAGGCUGGCAGAUUGAUGGUCGAUCCAGAGACGUACACUUGGGUGGCCCAUGGGCGCACUGAGGAGUUUGGUAGCACUAAGAAGUCUGAAGAACGUGACCGAGAGACGGUGUGUUUCUACAUCAAUUUCACGUCCAUGGAAAACAUCCCUGUCGAGAUCAGCCAGACGUCCUCCCGGUUUACUGUGGAGCUGAUUCCAAAGUUGCUGCCUGAUAUUCGGAGAGAGAAUGCCGUUCGGGACCUGAAAGAUGCAAGUGAACUUGCAAAAAAGAUAGCACUGAGAAAGGAGAUUCCAAAACAAAGUGAGUGGAAAUCACAUCACAAAAUAGAAAUUCAGCAAUCCCAACUCCUGAUGCUCAGUAGCUAUGAUCUGCCGGGUCGACCAGAAAUACACCGGAGGCUCAACCCCAGCCAAAACCGUGCCAUUAGGGAGGCUCUGAGCAAACCGUUUACGCUCAUCCAAGGCCCACCGGGAACUGGAAAAACUGUUGUCGGUUCCCACAUUGUUUAUUGGUUCUGCCAGCUGAACCAGGAGAAGAAAGAAAACAAAUCUUCCCUGGGUGAGGCGGAUGAAGUCCGGAGCCACAUCUUGUACUGUGGGCCCUCCAAUAAGUCUGUUGACGUUGUUGCUGAGAUGCUGAUGAAGAUUAAAGGAGUGAAGCCCCUCAGAGUAUAUGGAGAGAUGGUAGAAAUGAUGGAGUUUCCCUUCCCUGGGAGUAGUUUACAUGUUUCACGGAAAGGAACGCGGGACACAAAAUCUAAGCCAGACAUCAGGGAUAUCACUUUACACUACCGGAUCCGACGUCAGCCAAAUCCUUUUGCAAGAGAGAUCUGUCAGUUUGAUGCCCGUGUGAAAAGUGGAGAGGAGAUCUCCGAGGAAGAAGUGGAGAGCUACAAGCGUCUCCUCAGCAAAGCCAACAAACAUGAGCUACAGCGCCAUGACGUUAUCCUGUGCACAUGCUCAGCCUCCUGUGCGUACAGCUUGACCAAAUACCUGAACGUCAAACAAGUGCUCAUUGACGAAUGCGCCAUGUCCACGGAGCCAGAGACCUUGAUCCCACUCGUGAGCCACAAGAAAGUGGAGAAGGUGGUCUUGCUAGGGGAUCAUAAGCAGCUGAGGCCCGUUGUCCACAACGAUUUCUGCAGGACCCUGGGCAUGGAGACCUCCCUCUUUGAGCGCUACAAAGAUCAGGCUUUGAUGUUGGACACCCAGUAUCGCAUGCAUAGGGACAUUUGCUCGUUCCCGUCCAUCAAGUUUUACGAGGGGAAAUUGAAGACCUGGCCUGGCCUCAUGCGGCGGCCCAGCGUCCUCUUCCACAACGGCAACAGCUGCUGCCCCAUCAUCUUCGGCCACAUUGAAGGCAAAGAGAAGAGCCUCAUGGUCUCGACGGAGGAUGGCAACGAGAACUCUCGGGCCAACCUGGAAGAGGCCGAGCAGGUGGUAAGGAUAGUGAAGCAGCUGGCCCUGGACCGGACCACGCCGCCUGAGCAGAUUGCUGUGCUGACCCCUUAUAACGCCCAGGUGGUCGAGAUCAAGAAAAUGCUCUCCCAGGAAAGGCUGCAAACUGUGACCGUCUGCACCAUCAUGAAGAGUCAAGGAAGUGAAUGGAAAUACGUGGUCGUGUCCACCGUGCGGUCCUGUUCCCCGUCGGCUAUUGACAGGAAGCCCACCAUCGGCUGGCAGAAGAAGCAUUUAGGGUUUGUGACCGACCCAAACCAGAUCAACGUCUGCAUCACCCGGGCACAGGAAGGGCUCUGCAUCGUUGGCAACCGUUACCUCCUCGAAAGCAACCGCAUGUGGCAAGGGCUUGUGCAGCAUUACCGCACCCAUGCGUGCCUCACCGUCGCCUCUGCGAUCCAAAUUAGGACACAUCCGGCUGCUCACAGAUGAGAACGCAGCACCGCCUGGACGAACCCUGGCACCGUCCUGAUCUUCCCUGCCCUGUUUUCUUGACCCUUUUCUACCUUUUUAAAGAACAGGCAAAACUUGCAAAGUGGCUCUAGACCGACGGCCCGCCUAGACCUUUUACAGUAGAGGGCAGCCAGGUGUUGCCGGGAGAUUCAUCAAACAAUGCGCUGUGCGCAGUGAACCACAAAGAACCUUGAACCUUCAUCGAAGGACCAUGUUUCAUGGAUGGGCUGCCACCAGGUGCCCAGGUAGCAUUAUGUGUGGCCACGGGGUGCAUUGGCUCAGACUUUCUCUCCUUCCUGAUUACUGCUGCGGUGCUUCCUGGUAGAUUGCACCGUGGGGAAA